AUGCAAACAAUCAAGUGUGUAGUGGUAGGUGAUGGUGCAGUUGGAAAAACCUGCUUACUGAUGUCAUAUACAACGAACAAAUUUCCACCAGAUUACGUGCCAACGGUGUUUGAUAAUUAUGCUGUUACAGUGAUGAUCGGAGACGAACCUUAUACUUUGGGUUUGUUCGACACUGCCGGUCAGGAGGAUUACGACCGUCUCCGUCCUUUAAGUUAUCCAAACUCUGAUGUGUUCUUGAUCUGUUUCUCUGUCUGUUCUCCUCCUUCGUUUGAAAACGUCAAAGAGAAAUGGUUCCCGGAGGUUUUAAACCACUGUCCAGGUGUGCCUUGUCUGAUAGUCGGUACUCAGAUAGAUCUUAGAGACGACAAAGCCACUCUGAGAAAGUUACAGAAACAGAAUACAAAACCUAUUACUCCUGAGCAGGGGGAGAAAUUAGCUAAGGAGCUCCAUGCCGUGAAGUAUGUGGAAUGUUCUGCUUUGACCCAACGAGGUCUCAAAAACGUUUUCGAUGAAGCUAUUGUGGCUGCUUUGGAGCCUCCUGUGUAUAAAAAGUCGAAGAAGUGUUUGAUUUUAUAA